AUGCCUCGUGCUCAGGCCGGGACAACCAAAGCGAUCGGAAAUAAAAUAAAGAGCAAGGGACUUGGUCGGCUGCGUUGGUACUGCCAGCCAUGCGAAAAGCAAUGUCGCGACGAGAAUGGAUUUAAAUGUCACACUCAAACGGAAGCACAUGUCCGACAGAUGAUGCUCAUUGGAGAGGACCCGCGCAAACACAUUAGAGAAUACAGUCGUGAAUUCGAGCGAACCUUCAUCGACACACUGCGGACUACGCAUGGAACCAAAUCUAUCAACGUCAAUCAUUUCUAUAAUCAAAUUGUGGCCGAUAAACAGCACAUUCACAUGAACAGUACAGAAUGGAAAAGUCUAUCACAAUUUGCAGCCUAUCUAGGGAGGGAGGGAAAAUGCCGAGUCGAAGACACCGAGAAAGGGUUAUUUAUCGCUUGGAUCGAUAAUAGCCCCGAUACACUUCGCCGUCGAGAAGCCAUCUUGAAAAAAGAACGCCAGGAGAAAGGAGAUGAGGAGCGCGAGCAGCGCUUGAUUCAGGACCAGAUUAAGCGAGCCCAGGCAGCAGCGGCCAACGCUGCGACAGGCGCAGAGGACCCCGAGGCAAAGUUGUUGCAGAGGAAGGAAGGAGAAAAGAUGACAUUAAAUCUUGGACUUGGCUCGAAAAAGGCAGAUACAAAGCCCGCCUCACCUCUUACAGCAACGGACUCGCCCGAAACAGAUGUACCGACAGCAAGCACUGGCACCGAUUCUCCUGCUCCAUCUGCGCCUCCUGCGCCGGUCAAGGUUUCGAUGUCGAUGGGUGCACAAAAGCCGAAAAAUGUGUUUGCCAUGGCGAAGAAGAACCCUUUGGCUGGAAAGAAAACAUCUGUGUUUGCGCCUCCUAAGAAGAUGACCGAGCAAGAGAGGAUUAUGAAGGCAGAGAUGGAGGCUAUGGAGAGGAAGCGAUCUCGCCCAGACUCGGGUUUCAUGAACAAGCGACCCAAGGUCACUUAA